GAAAAUCAAUGCGCGCGCGGAUGUCAUCCAUAAAAUUAAGUCGGUGUGGCCUAAUGUUAUUGUAGAAUGUUGUUCUUGUAUGUAGUACAUGAUUUCUUUUGGUUUGGACUAUCUGUUGAAUAUGUAGAUACAUGUAGCUGGAUGUAGGCUCUUAGCUUUGUCGUGAUAGGCUAGCAGCAAUAGAGUAGUGAAGGCUGUUGUUUCUUGUUUGUAGAAUGUUUAUUGUUGUUACUAUAAACUAGAAUGUUACCUUUGUUCUUACACUGUUCAAGCCUGUUAUAAAGCUUAGCGUCAGAAAGUGACAAGACCAGGUUUGCCUUCCUGGCGUACAAGCUGUUCAACAAGUAUCCCAACACUGUUUCUGGAGAGGGCCUUUCUAUCCAUGAAGAAACAGGGCCUGGUCAACCAGAGCAAAGGGAUUGCACCUAAGUCCAAGGUCCGUGCUGUUCCUAUGGCUGCAAUAGGGUAUAAGCUGUCAGCAAUAGCAGAGCGCCCGUUCCAGCAGGCCAUCCCCAGCAGUGUGUUUCCUGAGGCACACCAGCUGCUCACCAGACUCAAGCAGGACAGAGCCAGGGGGGCGGAGGGGGAGGAGGGGGCAGAGGGGCAGGGGGUGGAGUUCCCCAGCGAGGGGGCGGGGGGACAGACUGCCUGUGUCUUCUCACUUCUCGCGACAAAUCAGCUGUCCUACACAGUUGACAUCCCAGAGAACAUCGUGGUGAUUGACAGCUCCAUGGAAACCCCUGCGAAGGAAGCCAGGAAGACUGCCAGCAAGGAAGGGUCGGAUUCUGAGGGGGACACGGAAAAUUCCAACACAGGUGCUGUAAGUCUCCCUCUUGCGACUCGGUCAUCGCGGACGAAGGUCCUAGCGGCUCGUAGCGGUACUGCACCUGCCAUUCUCAGCCUGCGCAACCUGGAACCAACCGACAACAUCGUCAUCAACUCCUGUACCAUCAACAUGAGGCUGCCGCGCAGACUGUUCCACAGCGAGGAGCACAGAAACACUCACAAUGAAGACCAGCUCCAAGGCAGCAGCACCAGUCCCAUGUCCCUGCCUAACUUCCUCCUGACAGACCCUUCAGCGAGCGGUCAGGACCCUGCCAACAACGCGCUGCCCUGGCCAGAGUUUGUCUCCCUCUGCAGGCAGGACUUCCUGUACUCGGAGCAGGACGUACAGAGGCUCAGGGACAUCUAUGACUACAUCGAGACUGGAGAGGGACUAAGAAUUUGUCUGCUAGACCUACAGUCCAAGUUUCAGAAUGCAGUGCAAGAAGGUUCCAAGUUCCGCACAGAUGACCAUAUCAAUAUGCUGCUCAGAUUUGAAAUGUGCAUAGAAGUUGGGAUCCACGAGCCGCGACUGGUGACAGCCGAGCAUUGUGGGCCGUGGUUCAUGCACUCUUCACGACUGGUAACCAUGGCAACCAGCCCGGGGACAGACGCGACGUCGCGCCCGGGAACCUCGAGGGAUGUCGACACAGUCCUGCACGUUACACACAUCCCGCAGGCUGCUAGACCAACAGCACAGACUGGGGAGCCUUCUGAAGAUGGACAGACAAGACCAGACCAACAACUGCAGGAAGACUCCACCAACAAGUCCCCUCCAGACACUGGAGAUGCAGGUAUCACCAAGGAUGCAGACGUCUUGGCUCCUGAGAAAGAUGGCAAAGAAGGGAGUACGGAGGAGAGGAAGUUAAGACCCCGUGUGGCUAAGGCGCCGACUCCAGGAAGAAGGAGGGACAGACCGGAUUCAGAACUACAGGUCCAGAUGCAGGCAUCCAAAUAUGGUGUGUACGAGCCUGUUGCGUUCCUGAGCCGCCCGUGGCGUGCAGUGGACGGAUCGGUGAACGGGAGAGUUCUGCAGAACAUGCUGCAGGGCCUGCUGCUGCUGAUCCUGCAGAAACCCGGGAUAUCACAGGCUGCGGUGCUGUGGCAGAUCCACACUGUCAUGCCUGGGAUGGCAGCACUGCAGCUACUGCAGAUGCUGGAGUCCAUGGGCUGUAUCACUGCCAGACACAUCAGGACGGCUCCAAAAGCCAAGCUCUUCUCAGAACCUGUCUCACUGGUAGAAGGCAUAGGAGACAAGGCUGAAGUUUACUACGAGCCCACAGCUGACGCCAUUCUCAGACUGAUUGAGAGUAUCCCGCCACAGGAUCACGAAUAGAUGACAUACUGUUAAAACUUUUGAUCCAACACAAAGUUCUCUCACCUUGAGCUUUCGACCAGUCACCCUGGUCUUCCUCAGUAGACUGAUCCAGUGAG